AUGCUCCUGCUGCUAUUGGCCCUGCUCUGGAGGAGGGAGGGGGCUGAUGGCCAGAGGUGGUCUGAGAGGAGGGUUCAGCGGGGUUACAGCCUGCAAGUGCGCAGCUCGGUGGCCGUGCAGGAGGGCCUGUGUGUACUAGUGCUCUGCAGCUUCUCGCCCCGCCAGGACCAGGGGUCUGACUUUACCCCAGCUCUCGGCUACUGGUUCCGGGAAGGGGCCAAUGUACACCAGGAUGCUCCAGUGGCCACAAACAGCCCAGGUCGAAAAGUGCAGGAGGAGACCCAGGGCCGAUUCCACCUCCUCGGGGACCCCCGGGACUACAACUGCUCCCUGGACAUCAGAGAUGCACAGAGAAGGGACUCGGGGACAUACUUCUUUAGGGUGGAGAGAGGGUCUUCUAUGAAAUAUAGUUACCUACAGAACCAGCUCUCCGUGCGUGUGACGGCCUUGACCCACACACCUGACAUCCUCAUCCUGGGGACCCUGGAGUCUGGCCGCCCCGGGAACCUGACCUGCUCUGUGCCCUGGGCCUGUGAGCGGGGCACGCCCCCCAUCUUCUCCUGGACGUCAGCGGCCCUCACCUCCCUGGACCCCAGGACCCACCUCUCCUCGGUGCUCACCCUCAUCCCACGGCCCCAGGACCAUGGCAUGCCCCUCACCUGUCAAGUGACCUUGCCUGGGGCCAGAGUGACCACGAUGAGGACCAUCCACCUCAAUGUGUCCUACUCUCCGCAGAACUUGACAGUAACUGUCUCCCAAGGAAAUGGCACAGCACCCACAGCCCUGGAGAACGGCUCAUCUCUUUCAGUCCUGGAGGACCAGUCCCUGCUCCUGGUCUGUGUUGUCAAUAGCAACCCCCCUGCCAGGCUGAGCUGGGCCCGGGGGAGCCUGACCCUGUGCUCCUCAAAUCCCUUGAACCCUGGGGUGUUGGAGCUGCCUCAAGUACAGGAGAAAGAUGAAGGGGAAUUCACCUGCCGAGCUCAGAACCUGGUGGGCUCCCAGCAUGUCUCCCUGAGGCUCUCCCUGCAGAGUGAGUGCACCUGAAAAGCAUGGUCUUUUUCAGAGAGGAUGCUGGGGGCAGCUGGGGGAGCAGGUGUUAUGGCUCUGCUCUUCCUGUUUCUCUCCAUCAUCAUCAUCACAGUGAGGUCCUGCAGGAAGAAAGCCACAAGGCCAGCAGUUGGCAUCAGGAAUAUGGGCAUGGAAGGUGCAAGUGUUGUCACAAGGUCAGUCUCUCAGGGUCCCCUGAUUGAAUCCUGGGCAAGCAGCCUUCCCCCAGAUGUAGCUACCCCCUCCUCAGGGGAGGAAGAAGAGCUCCAUUAUGCAUCCCUCAGCUUUCAUGGGACAGAGCCUUGGGGCUGGCAGGAACAGGUGGCUCCUGGUAUCGAGUACUCGGAGAUCAGGAUUCACAAGUGA